AUGGAACCUUCUCCCGCCGCCGGGGGGUCGGAGACCACUCGCUUGGUGAGCCCCCGGGACCGUGGCGGCGCCGGCAGCGGCCUGCGUUUGAAGAGUCUGUUCACAGAGCCCUCAGAGCACCAUCCGGAGGAGCCCAAGCCUGAGGGAAUGACCUCCCAUCACUGCCACAGGGACCCCAUGCCACAGCCAGGUCUCACCCCUGAGAGGCUGCAGGCACGGAGGCAGCUGUAUGCAGCCUGUGCUGUGUGCUUUGUCUUCAUGACAGGGGAGGUGGUUGGUGGGUAUUUGGCACACAGCCUGGCCAUUAUGACCGAUGCAGCCCACUUGCUAGCAGAUGUGGGCAGCAUGUUGGGCAGCCUGUUCUCCCUUUGGCUCUCUACCCGGCCAGCCACCCGCACCAUGACCUUUGGCUGGCACCGCUCAGAGACUCUGGGGGCUUUGGCCUCUGUGGUCUCCCUCUGGAUGGUCACUGGCAUCCUCCUGUACCUGGCCUUCAUCCGCCUGCUGCACAGCGACUACCACAUCGAGGGGGGUGCCAUGCUGCUGACCGCCAGCAUCGCAGUCUGUGCCAAUUUGCUAAUGGUCUUUGUGCUGCACCAGGCUGGGCCCUCCCACAGCCAUGGGUCUAGGGGGGCAGAGUAUGCACCGCUGGAGGAGGGGUCUGGGGACUCUCUACCACUGGGGAAUACCAGCGUCCAGGCGGCCUUUGUGCAUGUGCUGGGGGAUCUCCUGCAGAGCCUUGGGGUCCUGGCUGCCUCUGUCCUCAUCUACUUCAAGCCUCAGUAUAAGGCAGCUGACCCCAUCAGCACCUUCCUCUUCUCCAUCUGUGCCCUUGGAUCUACAGCCCCAACCCUCCGAGAUGUUCUUCGAAUUCUCAUGGAAGGUACCCCCCGCAGUGUGGGGUUUGAACCUGUACGGGAUACACUGCUGUCAGUGCGAGUCCGGGCAACCCAUGAGCUGCACCUGUGGGCCCUGACGCUCACUUACCAUGUUGCCUCUGCACACUUGGCCAUUGACUCCACAGCUGACCCUGAAGCUGUACUGGCUGAAGCCUCAUCCCGGCUCUACUCCCGGUUUGGAUUCUCCAGCUGUACCCUGCAGGUUGAGCAGUACCAGCCCGAGAUGGACCAGUGCCUGCGCUGCCAGGAGCUCCCCCAAGCCUGAGCCACAGCCCUGCCCU